UAAUUUAAGUUGAAUUUUAAUGCAUUUUUAUAAUUAAUAAGAGCUGUUAUUUUCAUUUUCUCAUAUAAUACAUAUUUUAACUUAAGAUUUCGGACGAGGGAGAACGAUGGCUGGGUUGUUUCGAUCCAAAUCUUGUGGACUGCUCGGACUCAGUGAGUUCUUUCACCAAACCAAGACCAAUGACGACCAUGAAGAAGAAGAAGAUUUUGCAGAAGAUGGGAUGAACCCUAUUGCUACGACGCCAUUGAUAAGCUCGAAAUCGAGAUUUGGUUGUAGUCAUGGAGGACGACGAGACAACAACCAAUUCCAGUUUAUGGAUAUAUUAGCAGCGUUGUUAAGGAAGUCAUUAGUCACUUGCAGUGUGGACACCGACGACAUAUCUUCCCUGGAUAUUAGCUUACCAACUGAUGUCAAGCAUGUCUCUCAUGUUACUUUCGACUGCUUUAAUGGCUUCCUCGGCUUACCUACUGAACUCCAACCUGAUGUUCCCUCAAAGGUUCCUAGUGCCAGUGCAAGUGCUUUUGGGGUUUCUCCUAAGUCAAUGCAGUGUUCUUAUGAUGGUAAAGGGAAUAGUUUGCCAACAAUUCUUCUUAUGAUGCAGAGUCGUUUUUAUGAUGAAGGAGGUCUUAAGGCAGAAGGAAUAUUUCGGAUUAAUGCCGAAAAUAGUCAAGAAGAGUAUGUUCGAGAAAAGUUAAACAAAGGUGUCGUACCGCACGGAAUCGAUGUCCAUUGUUUAGCUGGUUUGAUAAAGGCAUGGUUUAGAGAACUUCCUAGUGGAGUGCUCGAUUGCCUUACACCGGAGCAGGUGAUGCAUUGCAACACGGAAGACGAUUGCGUUGAGCUUGUGAAGUUGCUUCCUUCAACAGAAGCUGCUUUACUUGAUUGGGCUAUCAAUUUGAUGGCAGAUGUUGUGGAGUAUGAACAAUACAACAAAAUGAAUGCACGCAACAUCGCGAUGGUUUUCGCACCGAAUAUGACUCAGAUGGCCGAUCCCUUGACAGCAUUGAUUCACGCCGUGCAAGUGAUGAACUUCCUCAAAACAUUGAUCUUAAAGACGAUUCGAGAAAGGGAUGAGUCCGCUACCAAGGACAGGUUGCUUCCAUCUUGCUCAGAUUGUCCUACUGGCCUAACCGAUACAUGUGCAUCUAAGGAACCUGCCACUGCUAAGUUCUUGAGGGUUGCCACAUUGAGUAGACUCGAAAGUGACCCCGAAGAGAAACAAUGGAGCAUUCAGGAUAGUAACAGAGAAGAGGAAGUUGAGUCCAUUUCAGGCAACAACAUACUAAAUGAAUGGGAAAUGGGAAAUGUUGAAACUGAAUGUAGAAGUGGAUAUGAUAAUGGUGACCGGCUAAGUUUAAGAAAAGGUGUAAGGCGAUUAUGCAGACACCCGAUAUUCCAGUUGAGUAAGCCGACGAAGAAGACACGGAAUCUCGGGAUUGUAAAUACUAGAGGAAGAGGCGGAGAAGCUUGGGUAUGAUACAACAUCAAUGGUGAUUGUUGUUUGUGUAAUAUGCAUUAUAAUGGUAUUCUCCUUGUACUCGCGUAUGAUGUGCAGUAUUGAAAAAGUAAUGAACUGAAUCUUAAUCUGCAAUUUUAGGUAGCAUAACUGAAAAUAGUUUCAUAAAUGUAGACCAUAUAUUUAUAAUACGAGUAAUAUAUAAGAGUUGAGUA